AUGUUUCCGACGGCUAUCGCGCAGGAUACCGCCGCUUUAAUGUCAUCGGUCCUGGGAAGCGUUUUAUACGGCUUUUCAGUCCUCAUGUUCAUAGGUACCAUCUGGACAUUCACCUACAAAUAUCGCAUCCGGGACGUCAAUCGGCCAAUUGCUGUGGUUGCCACCCUGCUGUUCUUGCUGAGUACUGCACACAUGGUCGUUGGCAUCAUUCAUGUCGAAGAUGGACUGGUGAAGCAUCGCGACUCGUUCCCGGGCGGGUCAGCGGCGUUCUUUGCAGAUGUUUCCCAAGCAACGUUUGUGACCAAUAAUGCAAUCUACACAUUGCAAACUCUGCUUGCCGACGGGGUGGUGAUUUAUCGAUGUUAUGUCGUUUGGCAAUCUAUCUGGGUUAUCAUCCUCCCAUGCAUGAUGUGGUGCGGUGUUGCAGUGUUUGGAGUUUGCUCGGUCUAUGACUUUUCGCAAGCAUCAACUACUAAUAGUAAUACCGAAAAUUUAUUCACCAACGAGACUGGACAUUGGAUCGUGCUGUUCCUCGCCUUCACACUUGCUACUAAUGUGUUGAGUACUGGAUUACUGGCAUAUCGCAUCUGGAUGAUCGAACGAAAGGUAUCUGCAGUUCGCGUUACGAAGGGCAAAAUGCCUAUAUUGCGCGUGCUCAUAGAUGCUGCUAUUUUGUACUUUGUGGCGCUCUGCACCUCAAUAAUAUGUUUCGCCCUCUCGAACAUAGGACUGUAUGUUAUGGGAGACUUGAUCAUCCCGACAAUUUCAAUUGCCUUCUACAUGGUGUUUAUUCGCAUCGCGAUCAGUCAGAACAAUCAAGAUCACGUUUCAACUGAACGGAGAAACUCGCAGGCUGAGUCACAGCAAUACCCGAUUCCUAUGCAGCCUUGGCACACCAUAUACAAGCAGAAUGAUAUAUCCCUCGUUGAUUGA